GGGGGGCGGGCCGGAGCGCCUAGCCGCGGCUUUAAACCUCGCACGGGCUUCGCCGCCGGAGGACGCCCGCUCUGAACGUCGCCGCCGCCGCCGCCGCCGCCAGCAGCAGCAGCCACUCUCCGCCGGAGGAGAAAGCAGAGCAGCGGGAGGAAGAGGAGGAGGAGGAGGGGGCUGGCCCCGCCGAGCCGAGCCUCACCUGACUCGCACGCCCACCUCCCUACCCCGGUCAGGGUCGGAGAAAAGCGGAGCGACCUCAGCGAGACGCUCGCCUCUCAAGCCGCCGGAUAGUCCCGCCUGGCGCGCCCGCCAAGCCCGGCCACCCGAUCCAGGAGGGUCUCCAGGGCUCGCGCGCGCCCCGCUGCAGCCGGCCGGGGGGGGGGGGUCGCGUGAGGAGGAGGAACCAGAGGAGGAGGAGGAAGGUCGUGGCCGCGGAUCGCGCUCGCUCCGCAGCCCGCCCGGGUUUCCGAAAAGUUGCCGAGAGCCGAGGAGAAAAGACGCGGCCAAGCGGAGCGCGCCGCCGGGUCGGCCCAACCGCGCCGCGCCGCUUCCUGGCUACUGUUGCCUCGUGGCGGACCCCGCUCGUCCUCGGGCUCCCGUCUUCGCCUCUGCCGGCCGCCCCGAGCAACCGCCAAGCUGGAAGACCGGCGGAAAGGAGAGCCCCGGAGGAUGGAGGAUGAAGCUGUGUUGGACAGAGGGGCUUCGUUCCUGAAACACGUUUGCGACGAUGAGGAAGUAGAAGGUCAUCAUACAGUCUAUAUUGGGGUUCACGUUCCUAAGAGUUAUCGGAGAAGGCGGCACCACAGAAGGAGGCCGAAGGAAAAGAAAGAAAGGGAGAAAAUCACUGAAUCAGAUGUGGAAAAUAUUGAUGAGGUCAGCGGGCACAUCCUCAAGCCACUGAUCUCUCCGGCCGCGGAGCGCAUCCGUUUCAUUUUGGGGGAAGAUGACGACAGCCCUGCACCCCCUCAGCUCUUCACAGAACUGGAUGAACUUCUGCCUGUGGAUGGACAAGAGAUGGAAUGGAAAGAAACAGCCAGGUGGAUAAAAUUUGAAGAGAAAGUGGAACAAGGAGGAGAGAGAUGGAGUAAGCCCCAUGUUGCCACGUUGUCGCUUCACAGUUUGUUUGAACUGAGAACAUGUAUAGAGAAAGGUUCUAUUCUGCUGGAUCUGGAGGCCUCAACACUCCCACAAGUCGUAGAAAUGGUUGUUGACAACCAGAUUGACACUGGGCUGCUGAAACAAGACAUGAAGGACAAAGUCAUCUACACGCUGCUCAGGAAGCAUCGUCAUCAAACCAAGAAAUCGAAUCUCCGUUCGUUGGCCGACAUUGGAAAGACUGUCUCCAGUGCAACUCGCUAUCCACUUGAGAGCUCAGUGCCCUGCCUAGCAACCUGCACGCUGGAUGACGAAAUCGGAAUGCAGCGCAGUCCCAGCGUGGGAUGGCUAAGUAGUCCAGCCUUGACACCCAGAAACUUGACGUCCUCUAGUCUGAACGACAUCUCUGACAAACCUGACAAGGAGCAGCUGAAGAACAAAUUCAUGAAGAAGUUACCACGAGAUGCUGAGGCCUCCAAUGUUUUGGUUGGAGAAGUUGACUUCUUGGAAAACCCUUUUAUUGCCUUCGUGCGGUUACAGCAAGCAGUCAUGCUUGGUGCUCUGACCGAAGUCCCCGUACCAACUCGGUUCCUGUUCAUUUUGCUGGGUCCAAAAGGCAAAGCAAAAUCCUACCACGAAAUCGGCCGAGCCAUUGCCACGUUGAUGUCGGAUGAGGUAUUUCAUGACAUAGCCUACAAAGCCAAAGACAGGCAGGACCUGAUCGCUGGGAUUGAUGAAUUUCUGGAUGAAGUAAUUGUGCUUCCUCCUGGAGAGUGGGAUCCUGCCAUAAGGAUAGAGCCCCCCAAAUCUCUUCCAUCUUCUGAUAAAAGGAAAAUCUUGUACGCAGGCGGCGAGAAUAUCCAGAUGAAUGGAGACACCCCUCACGAGGGAGAAAAUGGAGGAGGGGGACACGGGGACUGUGAAGAAUUGCAGCGAACUGGCAGAUUUUUUGGGGGUUUAAUCAAAGACAUCAAGAGGAAAGCUCCUUUCUUUGCCAGCGAUUUCUACGAUGCCUUCAACAUCCAAGCCCUGUCUGCCAUUCUCUUCAUCUACCUGGCAACGGUAACCAACGCCAUCACUUUCGGAGGCCUGCUGGGAGAUGCCACAGAAAACAUGCAGGGUGUGUUGGAAAGCUUUCUGGGCACAGCCGUUACAGGAGCCGUUUUCUGUUUAUUCGCUGGCCAGCCACUUACUAUUCUGAGCAGCACUGGGCCCGUGUUGGUCUUUGAGCGACUUUUAUUUAACUUUAGCAAAGACAACAACUUUGAUUAUCUCGAGUUCCGUCUCUGGAUUGGCUUGUGGUCAGCCUUCCUGUGUCUGAUCUUGGUUGCUACCGAUGCUAGCUUUUUAGUUCAGUACUUCACCCGGUUCACAGAAGAAGGCUUCUCCUCUCUGAUUAGCUUCAUCUUCAUCUACGAUGCCUUCAAGAAGAUGAUCAAACUAGCCGAUUAUUACCCCAUCAAUUCCCACUUCAAAGUGAACGAUAUUACGCUGUAUUCCUGUACCUGCGCACCACCAGAUCCAGUGAAUAGCUCGUUAAUCAAUGAGACAGUCACGUCAUCGCCAGCUUGGCUUAUGGAACCGCACAAUGGAACAAUCGAAUGGUCAUCCCUCACCAAGGAGCAAUGUAUGAAAUUUGGAGGAAUGCUGGUGGGGAACAAUUGCAAAUACGUCCCUGACAUCACCCUCAUGUCUUGCAUUCUCUUUUUGGGAACCUACACCUGCUCCAUGGCUUUGAAGAAAUUCAAGACCAGCCGUUAUUUCCCAACCAUUGCAAGGAAAUUGAUCAGUGAUUUUGCCAUCAUCAUUUCUAUUUUCAUUUUCUGUGGAAUCGAUGCUCUGGUUGGUGUAGACACCCCAAAACUCCUUGUGCCAAGUGAAUUCAAGCCAACAAACCCAAAUAGAGGCUGGUUUAUCGCACCGUUCGGAGGAAACCCGUGGUGGGUGUAUCUGGCCGCAGCUAUUCCUGCUCUCCUGGUGACCAUCCUCAUCUUCAUGGACCAGCAAAUCACAGCUGUUAUUGUCAACCGUAAAGAGCACAAACUAAAGAAAGGUGCUGGAUAUCACCUGGAUCUAUUCCUGGUGGCUGUGCUGAUGAUCAUCUGUUCCUUCAUGGGUCUGCCCUGGUAUGUGGCUGCUACCGUGAUCUCCAUUGCACACAUCGACAGCUUGAAGAUGGAAACGGGGACCUCAGCACCUGGCGAACAGCCCAAAUUUUUGGGAGUCAGGGAGCAGAGAGUGACUGGAUGCCUCGUAUUCAUUCUGACAGGCGUUUCGGUGUUCAUGGCGCCCAUCUUGAAGUUUAUUCCCAUGCCUGUCCUGUAUGGUGUGUUCCUCUACAUGGGUGUUGCAUCCCUCAACGGAGUGCAGUUCAUGGAUCGCCUGAAACUGCUCCUGAUGCCUCUCAAGCACCAGCCUGACUUUAUCUACCUGCGACAUGUCCCCCUCCGCCGAGUCCAUCUCUUCACCUUCCUUCAAGCAUUGUGCUUGGCUCUCCUUUGGAUCUUGAAGUCCACCGUCGCUGCUAUCAUAUUCCCAGUCAUGAUCCUUGCACUUGUAGCGGUCCGAAAAGGGAUGGAUUAUGUCUUCUCCCAGCAUGAUCUCAGUUUCCUUGACGACGUCAUUCCAGAAAAAGACAAGAAGAAGAAAGAAGACGAGAAGAAGAAGAAGAAAAAGAAGGGCAGCUUAGAUAGUGACAACGAUGAUUCUGACUGUCCGUUCACGGAAAAUGUGCCCAGUAUUAAAAUUCCAAUGGACAUCAUGGAACAGCAGCCCUUCCUGAAUGAUGGGAAACCCUCUGAGAAAGAAAAAUCAACAUUCCUUGAACGCCAUACAUCAUGCUGAUGAAAUUCCUCACUUCCAUUCCUAUAUGCCAAGGCCUCCGCAAAAUCCUGACGGAAGUUGUGCCUCAGAUUAGACUAGAGUUCAGCCCUGAAGACCAUACCUACUUUUGGAAUAGCAAGGGAACAGAACCCACUUUCACUGCUGCGUCUUUAUUAUUGGGGGGGGGGGGUCUCCAGAUUUGGCCACGUUAAGACUUGUGGACUUCAACUCCCAGAAUUCCUCAGCCAGCCGUGCCAUGCUGGCCAGGGAAUUCUGGGUGCUGAAGUCCACAAGUCUUAAAGUGGCCAAAUUUGGGGAGCCUGUCUUUAUUGAACUGGAUUUUCUUUGUCAUUUUUCUAGUCAAAUGUUCAGUUGUUGUUAUCCAUCUAGGUUAAAAAAAAA